AUGAGUAAAGAAGUACAUCUUCAAAAACUGAAUGUAGAACCUAAUGUGUCACCGAUACAGUGGCUUUGUGAACGUGGUGAUUUUGACAGCUGCGAAUACGAUUCUGCUGACGCAUCUAGUACAGACUCAGAAGUAAAAACUGGAAAAGAUGGGGGGGCGUAUUUGUCCGAAAGGCAAUGGAGCACAGUCAGGGAAGAUUAUUCCGAGGAUGGCAACUGCUGGGAAUACUUUCCCCAUGACCAUGCUAGGUCUCGGGUGUACCGCUGGGGUGAAGACGGGCUCAUGGGUAUCACAGAUCGACAGUGUCGGAUGUGCUUCGGUCUGGCCCUGUGGAACGGCAAGGACCCCAUUCUGAAGGAGAGGCUGUUUGGACUCACUAGCUCUCAGGGCAACCAUGGAGAAGAUGUGAAGGAGUUAUACUACUAUCUAGACAACAUGCCCACACAUGCCUACAUGAAGAUGCUGUACAAGUACCCCCAGGAUGAAUAUCCUUACUCCGAUCUGGUCCACAAGAACGCCUCUCGCACAGUCAAAGAUCCUGAGUAUGAACUCCUGGACACAGGUAUGUUUAACAAUAAUCGCUACUGGGACGUGUUAGCCGAGUAUUGCAAGGCUUCACCGAAUGACAUCCAGGGCAGAUUCACCAUCUUCAACAGGGGCUCCACAUCGGAGGUCAUCCACAUCCUCCCCACGCUCUGGUUCCGAAAUGUCUGGUCUUUUGGCAAGCACUGUGAUUCCUGGAUGGAGAAGAAGCCAUGCAUGUCUCAGGAGGAGCCUGGCAAAGUGCGGUGUGAACAUGGUACUCUAGGUACAUACUUCUUUGAGGUAGACAAGGAUCCAAGUGACGAAAUCCCUGAGAUUAUUUUCACAGAGAAUGAAACAAACAACCAGCGUAUCUUCAAAACUCCUAACACCAGUAGAUACGUCAAGGAUGCAUUUCACAACUACGUUAUUCACAAGGACAAGAAAGCUGUGAAUGAAGCAAAGAUAGGAACAAAGUGUGCUGCCCACUACUCUGUACGUGUCGAAGCUGGCGAACAUGUCACAUUCAGAAUGAGGCUGUACUGUCAGAACGAGGUUCCAGCUCACCCAAUCAGCCAUGACAGCUUCAACGAACUUUUCUGCACCAGGAUUAAAGAAGCUGAUGCAUUCUAUGAUGAUGUGAUCGUCAGCAAGAGCCCCGUCGAGAGGCUGAUAGCCCGGCAGGCGUACGCCGGCUUGUUGUACAGCAAACAGUUCUACUGCUACAUUGUGAAGGAAUGGCUGAAAGGUGACCACGGGUGUCCUUCCCCCCCAGCUGGACGACUGCAGGGUCGGAACCAUGAGUGGACGCAUCUCUUCAACAGGGAUGUUAUUGCCAUGCCGGACAAAUGGGAGUAUCCCUGGUAUGCUUCCUGGGAUCUUGCAUUUCACAUGAUAGCCUUUGCAAACAUCGACAUCAGCUUUGCCAAAGAACAACUGGUUCUAUUUCUCAGGGAAUGGUACAUGCAUCCAAAUGGCCAGAUACCAGCAUAUGAGUUUGCUCUAGAUGACGUCAACCCCCCUGUCCAUGCAUAUGCUGUGCUUCGGGUUUACAAGAAAUCAGGGCCCAGGGGUCAGCGUGACCUAACAUUCCUGGCGCGAUGCUUCCACAAGCUCGUCAUUAACUUCACAUGGUGGGUGAAUCGGAAGGACCCGAGUGGCAAUAAUAUCUUUACUGGUGGCUUCCUCGGUCUGGACAACAUCGGUGUGUUUGACAGAUCGAAGCCUCUACCUACAGGAGGGGUACUGGCCCAGGCGGAUGCGACUGCGUGGAUGGGGUUCUUCAGUAUCAUCAUGAUGCAGAUCAGCCUCAUCCUGGCCAACAGGGACUCCAUCUACGACGACAUGGCCAGCAAGUUCUUUGAACACUUUGUUUCCAUAGUAGAUGCUAUGAACAAGGCCGGUACAGGAGAAGGUUUAUGGAAUGAAAGAGAUGGCUUUUACUACGACCACAUCCAUGCCCAGGAAGUGGUGCCGAUGCGUAUUCGCUCCGUGGUGGGAAUGAUCCCAUUGUUCACAUGCUUCGUGCUUGAUGAGAACAUAAGGAAGAGGCACCCGGGAUUCAGCAAACGCACCAAGUGGUUCAUGGAUCACAGAAAGGAUCUCUCUUCUCGCAUCUCCUUCAUGGUCAAAGGGGAACAAGAGGAGGUGUACAUGUUGUCCAUGGUCACUCGGAAACAGAUCUCAAAGAUGCUCGAGUACAUUCUGGAUGAAGACGAGUUCCUCUCACCAUAUGGCAUCCGUUCUCUCUCCAAAUAUCACAAAGACAACCCAUUCACAUUCUCUGCUGGCCAUGAAUCAUUCUGUGUUGACUACGAGCCGGGAGAAUCUACUACCAACAUGUUUGGGGGAAACAGCAAUUGGAGGGGUCCAAUAUGGCUUCCAAUGAACUACAUUUUGAUCGAGACCUUGCACCGGUAUGACUACUUCUUCGGUGACACCCUGCAGGUGGAGUGUCCCACACGAUCAGGGCGGUACAUGAGACUCAGUGAUGUGGCACGCGAACUGUCAGGGAGAAUAUCCCGACUCUUCGUCCCUGAUCUCUAUGGCAACAGAGCAUCUCAUGGUGAAGAGGAGCGGUAUGCCAAAGAUCCUUACUUCAAGGACCUGUUGCUUUUCUAUGAAUACUUCCAUGGUGAUACUGGGAAAGGUUUAGGUGCAAGCCAUCAGACUGGUUGGACAGCCCUGAUUGUGGACUUAAUGGAAGGCUCCCAUAAAACCGCCGGAAAAUCCGACAGCUCCAGUUCCCUUUCUGGCAACAGUGUCUACUAGUGGACGACAUCAAACUAAUACAGUAUUAUGAAGUACAACGUUUCAGAAUGUAACAUAUGCGUACCAUCUUAACAUUCAUUAUUGCAAGGGAAGUUCAGGAACUUAUUGAUCUCAUCAGAUUUAUUUUUGUUCUGACAUCAAACUUAGUCAAUUCUGUGCUGUCUUAAUCCAAAAAGUACAACAUUCACUAAUAGCUCAUGUGACUGAAACUGAGCUUUAUGUUGUGUCACGUCCUGGGUGCCGUUGUACAAAGCAACCUUAGCGGUAAGAUGAUCGUAACUCCCAUACCUUAAUAUAGCGCUACGCCAGUCGUAAGAAUAAGGUUGCUUUGUACAACGGCACCCAGGUCCCUUGUUUAUCAUUCGCACAUUUUUUAUAUCUCUAACUACUAAGGCUGUAGCAUGAAGUUUUAAUCUUUGUAGGAAUGAUCCCAGCUAUAUGUAAAAUGUGCUUAAAGAAUUCCAGUCUGACAAUGUGGCCACCAUCAGUUGAU